UCAAUUGUUUAUCAGAUAUUUUUUAAUUAUAAUUGAAUUAAAACAAUCAAUUAAAUCAAUCAAUCGGUAAAUCAAAUGGCAUUUCGGGGGCCAAAUAACCCGCUGAUGGCCGCUAUGGCCGCCCAGAUGAUGGCCGGCGGACCACAGGGCUAUCCGAUGCCGGGAAUGCAACCGAUGGCUGGUCUCAUACCGAUGCAAAUGAUGCCACCGAUGCCCGUCUCGACACAGAUGGGCGUAACACCGAUGCCGUCGGGUGUGACAACAAUAUCGGCGCCACCCGUACGCAACAUACAGCUCGAUAGCAGCCAUUUACAGCAGCCGCCGUCGAUGAUGUCGGGCCCACCACCGGGACCGCCGCCGCCAUCCUUAUUAGGAGUAUAUCCUGGCGCCAAUCCGGUCAGACCACCACCGUUUACUAUUUUCCAGCAAAUGGCGGCCGCGACUCACGAUAACCAACAACAGCUACAAAAGCCGAAACCAAAACCUGGAUCAACGGUAACAGUGUUUGUCGGCAAUAUUACCGAUCGGGCAUCCGAUAUGCUUAUCAGACAACUGUUAUCUAAAUGCGGAACUGUUAACAACUGGAAGCGAGUCCAGGGCGCCAACGGUAAGCUCCAGGCUUUCGGUUUUUGCGAAUACUGUGAUCAAGAAUCGGCACUCAGGGCCGUCCGAUUGUUGCUCGACUUUGAUAUUGCCGACAAAAAACUAGUGGUCAAAGUUGAUCCAAAAACGCAGGAAAAACUCGAUGAGUAUUUGAAAAGUAAAGGUCAAACGGGUACCGAUUUGGACGACCAGACAAAGGAUGAAGACAUGAUUGUUGCCCAACAGUUACAGACUGUACUUAAAGAACACGAAAUUGAAUUGUCUAAAGAUCCCGAUCAACGGGAUAGACAACGACGAAACCAAAAUGUUGCCAAAGAUCCGACAAAACCUGAGAAUUUGGCCGAAAUGGACUUAGAAGACGAUAAACGAUCGCUAAUUCAUAGAGAAAUCGAUAAAUUUCGCGACACUUAUAAGAAAAUUGAAGAGAAAAAAGAAGAAGAAAAGAAACGAAAGGAUGAGUCGUCGUCAUCGAAGUCUGCGGACAACGACAGCCGAAAGGAUCGUAACAAAGAUCGAUCGCCUGAUCGAUCGGAUCGGGAUCGUCAACGAAGUAGUGGUGGCGGUUCGCGUAGAGAUCGGGACAGAGAGCGCGAUCGAGAUCGGGGAGAGAGAGAAAGGGAACGUGAAAGAGAACGGGAACGCGAGAGGGAACGAGAGCGCGAACGGGAGAGAGAACAGCGCGACCGGUAUCGGGAACGAGAACGGGAACAGCCGGUCGAGGACGAGGAAGAAGCGUACGAAAGACGACGACUGGAGCGACAGAUGAAAGAAAAGGAGGCAUCAUAUCAGCGACGGCUAAGAGAUUGGGAACAACGAGAGAGUCGUAAGUCGAAAGAGUACGAAAAGGAACGACAGAAAGAAGAGAGACGUCGAUCGGAUGAGGAGGAAGAACGGCGUAAACUGAAAGAAUUUCUCGAAGACUACGACGACGAUCGGUUUGAUCACAAGUAUUACAAAGGAAAUAGUCUUCGGGCCAGAAUUCGCGAUCGGGAAAAAGAGGUCGCUGGCGAUGAAGGCGAACGCCAACAGGAGAAGCGCGAACUGGAUGAGCUUAGAGAUAAGUUGGCCCAAGAAGGCCAUCCGGAUCCCGAUAGUGAAGUUCGGCGACGAAUGAUGGCCUCCGGCGAUAGCGAACGCGAUCGCAGUAACAAAGUUGUCGGCGACCGUAUACACGCACUGAUGUUGGAAGCCCGACAAAAGUCUAGUUCCGCUCGACUAGCAGUCGAUGACGACAUAUCCAUGGGUUCGGACAUUACGCCCAAAGACGAAGUUCCUGUCAAGACAUUCGGCUUUCAGGGAAUGAAAUUAGCCAACAAUGUCAACGCCAAUAGUGUCAAUACUAACAACAAUGGCGCCGGCGAUCGCCAUCAACAACAACAACAGAAUAGUCAAGCAUCCAAUGGAAACACUCCAGACUUUAAUAAUGAUAUGACCUCAUCGGGCGGCGAUAAAUUAUCGCUGACCACCACUACCAACAAUACCACCACCACUGCUGCCACAGUCGGCGCUGAUCUCAAACGUAAAAAGCUAUCCGUUUCCGAUGUGUUCAAUGCCAAUGAAGACGACGACCUAUCGAAAGCCAAGAAACGCCGACUGCCGACACUAGUCGACGAUAACGACAACUCCAGUGACUUAAGCAAUACGCCUACUGGCAAACUAGCGGCCCUAACGGCAGCCGCAGCGGCUGCGUCGGCAGCAACAACAGCAGCCCUCGGCAUCGGUGGUCACGAUAGUGGUGGCGGUAAAUCUUCGAUGUCAUCGGAAGAAAAACGCAAACAAAUCAAAUCGUUGAUCGAAAAGAUUCCCACUUCAAAGGAAGAACUGUUCAAAUACGAGAUUGAAUGGUCACUCGUCGACAAUAUAUUAAUGGAGCGCCGGAUAAGGCCAUGGAUUAACAAAAAGAUUGCCGAAUAUAUUGGCGAAGAAGAACAAGCCCUACUCGACUUCAUCUGUAAUAAACUUCAGUCAAAAAGUAGUGCUCAAAGUAUUUUAGACGACGUGGCGAUGGUUUUAGAUGAAGAAGCGGAAGUGUUUGUCGUCAAAAUGUGGAGACUAUUGAUAUACGAAAUUGAAGCCAAAAAAUUAGGUUUAGGAAAAUGAAGUCACACUUUAUAUAUCUAUAUAUAUAUAUAAAUAAAUAUUAUAUUUAUAAAUAUAAUAUACAAAUAAACAAACA